UAAAAAAAAGAGUUUUGUUGAAAAAUUUCAUAUGAUUUGUUUAUAAGUUUAAUAUCAUUUGAGUCCAAUCAAAUUGCGCCAAAUACGGGAAAAAUAACUUGUAGCUUAUUGCAAAUGUUGUUUCUAUUCGCCACCAGAAUGUUUGGGAAACUCGAAAGAGUAGAUACAACUAACAAAAGAAAACUUUUAAUUCGACCCGUCUUGUUUUAUCUUUUCGUCCAGUCUUUAUAAAGCACGAAUGCAACUCUUAUCUGCCUUCAAGCACCAACCAAUUAAAUGAAAUUUCCGUAAAAUUUGUUUUGAGUUUAUAAGAGAACAAAAGAGUUAAGAAACUGAAUUUAAGAAACAAGAACUCGGGGGUCAUUCAAGGAAGAGAACACGAGAGAAGAGAUCCUAAGUUUGCUUUCAAAAUGUUUAAAAAUAUAUUGUUAAAGCUUUUGCUUUUAGGCAUUGUAAUUUCCCUAGUAGUUUCGGAGGAGAAAGCCGAAAAAAAGCAUGAAGACCACGACGAGGAGGAACAUGAUGAUGACCACGAAAAAGUGACUCCAAAAGACCACGAGAAAGAUGAAGAACAUCACGAUGAAGAGGAACAUCAUGACGAGCCAGAAAGCCACGAAGACGAACAUCACGAUGAGAAGAAAGAUGACGAACACGAAGAUGAUGAACACGAUGAAAAACAUGAUGAUGAUGAAGGAGAUCAUGAUGAAGCAAAAGACGAUGAUGAUGAUGAUGAGGAAGAUGGUGAUGAUGGUGGUGAACAUGAUUCACAUGGGGAAGAGGACGCUUUUUUAGGGGAUCACCUUAAAGACUUUAAAGGCCUUUCCGCUGAGGAUGCUAAAAAGAAGCUUAAAGAUAUCAUUACAAACGAAGUCGACCUCAAUAAAGAUGGAUUCUUGACUGAAGACGAGAUCCGCGCCAGACUACGUGCAACUACCAAACAAAACAGAAUGAAGGAGUUAAACUCUACGAUGAUAACUCAUGAUGAAGACAAGGACGGAAAAAUUUCAUGGGAAGAGUUUAAGAAACACCACUUUACCGACGGCGAUGACGACAAAGAACAAAUGAAAGAAGACGAAGAAAAGUUUAAAUAUGCUGAUGUCAAUGGAGAUGGCGGUCUUGACUUGAAAGAGUACAUGUCUUUCUACCAUCCAGGGGAUGAUGAACGCAUGUCUGCUUUUGUUAUUGCUGAAACUUUAAAGAAAUACGACGCAGACAAAGACGGUGACUUGUCGAAAGACGAGUUCUUCGCAUCCUACAAGGAUCUUAACCCCGAUGCCAAGGCUGAACUAGAAAAGGACUUCUCAAACACAUACGACAAGAACAAGGAUGGCAAACUCGAAAAAGACGAGAUCCGGAGAUGGCUGUUCCCUGACGAGGACAUGCCACUUGAAGAACCGCCAGUCAUGAUCAAAGAGGCUGAUGAUGACAAGGAUGGUAAACUGUCCAUGGAUGAAAUCAUGAAAAACCACAAAGUAUUCGUAGACGAUCCUAUGGCCAACGGAGGGGAUCACGAUGAGUUGUAAAUAAUUCUACUAUGCAACUGUGACAGAAAGACAGACAGACAGACAAGUCGAUCAAUUUCGACCUGCAUUAAGCGACCACCAGGCAAUUUCAUUAGGGGUGGUCGGUUAUCGCAGGUUAAGUGGUUUUUGCUGAAUAUUGAACAUUUUGAAAUAUCUACUUUAUUUUCAAAGUAUCUUUAAAUUUUUUAUCCAUAAACUGACCUAGAAAUUCAAUAUGAAACUGCAUUCUACUUUGGAAAUUGAAAAAAAAUAUAGCAGCGGUUUUUGGAAAGUAAUUAGGAAUAUACAAAUUACUUAAGAAAUUUGGCUCGUUUUUUAUUACCAGUAGUAAAAUCACAAUCAUUUUACUUAUUAACUUAGAAAUAAACUGUUUCAUUGCUA